UGUCAUUAUACGAUCGCGUUAUCUGGCCAUAGUUUCUUGAAUAGAAAUCAACCAGCACUUGAACACUUUACAUAAGAAACUUAACUGAACGUUAACCGGCUCGUAAAUGAUAAAUGCAUUUCUUAAUUACGCCGUAGUAUUUAGGAAACGUAUAUGCGACAAGAAUGCAAUGAUUGUUUCGAGAUGCUCAUGAGUGUCAUUGUAAUAUGAUAAGAAGAAAUUAAGAAAUUCUGCUUGCGAUCAGCAUCUAGUACUGCAAAUGAAUACUUUCGUUUAACUUUAAACUCAAUUUAAAGUUCAAGUUUGCUUAUAUUUUAAACUAUACUCAAAGAAAUACAGAAAAACUUAUUUAAGCAACACAAACAGCUCACAUUUGAAAAUAAAGCAAUGCGCGCGUCAGUUGGCGCCAUCUGGCGUUACGCACAAACAACCCUGUUUGAAUAUCGAUAAACGCAGUGUGGCACGGCAUGCCUAUCGGUAGCUUUUUUUUUUUUGGCGGGAGGUGUGCACACUCGCUGUCUGCCCAGGGACUGAAGAGAUUUGUUUGAAAUAAAUUAAUUAAAACAACUAUGGAUCUUAACGAUGCCGUGCUAACGUGCGCGGUGAACAUACACUGGACGAACGCGGUGGGCAUAACCGGUCGCAAGCUGGCCUACAGGACGGCAACGUUGCGUCUGGUGCGCAACGAUUUGCGCGAAAUUUUCGUCGAGGUGACGCCCGAGAAGCUGAAACCGCUCAAAUUCAAGCUAAAGGACAUAAUGGUGCACAAGAAAUUCAUGGCCGAGGGCAAGGCCACGUUCAACUUCAAGGCGGAGCAGUGCUCGCUCUACCUGUCCAACGCACCGCCCGGCACCCUGAUGCUCUUCCUGCGCACCAUAUUCAUCAAAAUGAAUGGCAGCGGAGACGGCGCACUGGACGAUGCGUCUCUGCAAAAAAAGCUGCGCGAGCAGAUGCUGGGCUCGCGGCCCAGCAGCUUUGAGGAGAUCUCACCGGUGACCACCGCCGAAAUGGUUUUGGCGCGCAAAAAGGCGGGCCUCAUAACGCGUGGCAGCACGACCACGCCCUCGCCGCAGGCAGCCAAAAAGCGACGCUUCGAGGAGCUCAAGGGGGCUGGCGACGAGGCUGGCCAAGGCGUGCCCGCUGCCAAAAAGCUGUACCAGGCAUCGCCACUGGCCGGCACGCAAACGGAGGACUCGCUGCGUUUGAACGAGGAGCAAAUGGAAGUGCUGCGCGCCUGCAUCGCCGGCAAGAAUGUCUUCUUUACGGGCUCCGCCGGCACGGGCAAGAGUUUUCUGUUGCGCAAGAUCAUCUCGGCGCUGCCGCCGGAAGGCACCGUGGCCACGGCAUCCACGGGCGUGGCCGCCUGCCUGAUUGGCGGCACGACCUUGCACGCUUUUGCCGGGAUUGGCGGCGGCGAUGCCACGGCUCAACGUUGUCUGGAGCUGGCAUCGCGUCCCGUUGCCGCGCAGACUUGGCGCAAAUGCAAGCGUCUGAUCAUAGACGAGAUCUCCAUGGUGGAUGGUCAGUAUUUUGAGAAAAUUGAGGCUGUGGCGCGUCACAUACGCCGCAACGAGCGUCCAUUUGGCGGCAUCCAGCUGAUACUCUGCGGCGACUUUCUCCAGCUGCCGCCCGUCGUCAAGGGCGAGACGGCCGUGCAGCGCUUUUGCUUUCAGUCCAGCGCCUGGGAGAGCUGCAUCCAGUGCGUCUACGAGCUCAAGCAGGUGCAUCGUCAAUCCGAUCCGGAGUUUGUUAAAAUACUCAACCAUUUGCGCAUCGGCCAUGUCAACGAGUCGAUCGCGGCCAGGCUGGUGUCCACGUCAAAGCAGAAGAUCGAAGGCAAUGGCAUUUUGGCCACGCAGCUGUGCUCGCACACGAACGAUGCCAACUCCAUAAACGAUUCGAAGCUGGAGCAUUUGAGCGGCGACAAGGUGCUGUUCCGUGCCGAGGACUCGGAUGCCGGCAUGAGCAAGCAGCUCGACCAGCAAGUCCAGGCGCCGGCACAGCUCUAUCUGAAGAUCAAUGCGCAGGUAAUGCUGCUCAAGAAUAUCAAUAUAGCCAACGGCCUGGUCAAUGGUGCACGCGGCGUCGUCGUGCGCAUCGAGAAGGGUCUGCCCGUGGUGCGCUUUAAGAACAAUCAGGAGCACGUGUGCCGGCUCGAGAAGUGGAUCAUCAAGACGGCGACGGGCGGCGUGCUGACACGCCGUCAGGUGCCGCUCAAGCUAGCCUGGGCCUUCUCCAUACACAAGAGUCAGGGCCUGACGCUCGACUGCGUUGAGAUGUCGCUCUCCAAGGUGUUCGAGGCUGGGCAGGCAUAUGUGGCGCUGUCGCGCGCCAAAUCGCUGCAAUCCGUGCGCAUUCUGGACUUCGAUGCCAAGCAGGUGUGGGCCAAUCCGCAGGUGCUGCAAUUCUACAAGAACUUCCGGCGCCGACUCAUCGACACCAGCCUGAUACCGCUGGGACCCAAGAACAAGGACAAGAAGCCGGGCGCCGCCGGCAGCACCAGCAGCGCCCUGGCCAAGCUCAAGAAGAGUCUCAUGAACAAGCCGCUCGUCUCGAUAAGCUAACGUCUCGACAAGAUAACCACGACUGAUCUUUUAGCAACAAAUUCGUAACUCGUAAGGACUGAAACAAGGCUUUCCAUUCUGAGGCUGCCGCCGCGCUGCCUCAAAGUCCAAACCCUUGACAAACUAUAUGCACAAUAUGAAUAGCUAGACUUAAAUUUGACACAUUUGCAAUUAUUGCUGCCACAGUUUUUGGCGCCAGACCCAAUCUCGUGGUCUCAAGAACGAUUCGGGAUGCCGUAGAUUAAAUAACUCUGUAAGAACUGUUGAUGGUUAACAGGAAGAUGUUCAUGUUCCUGAUUUCGUAUCAAUAUACAGUAUCUUCUACAAAUGUCUGGGACUAGCCCGGAAAUAAACGCUAGCUUGUAGUUUUCUAUACAAUAUAAUUCCCAACUUGC